GCAGCAACAUCACAUUUCACAAUGGCGCCCGAGACCAAGAACAAGAAGCGCAAGAGCGGUGUGACCGCGUCCUCGCCCUCGACCAAGAAGCUCAAGAAGGCCGAGGCGCCCGUCGCUGAGGAGGCGCCCGCUCCCGUUAAGUCUACGAAGAAGUCCAAGGCUGCUGCACCGAAGGCCGAGGCCGAACCCGCUGUCUCUGCGGCUGCCAAGUCCAAGUCUUCGCGCAAGCGCGCGUCGGACUUUUUCCCUACCGAGGAGGAAGAGACGCCCGCGGUUGAGACCAAGAGCAAGAAGGCGAAGAAGGCUGCCGAUGCUGAGGAGGCUACGCCCGUGAAGGCGACCAAGGAGAAGAAGAGCAAGAAGGCCAAGGUUGAGAAGGAGCCUACUCCGGUUGAGGAGGACGAAGAGGAGCUUGUUGCCGAAGAGGCCGAAGACAACAGCGACGACGACGACGACGACGAGGAUGACCAAACCGCGGCGCUGCUGAAGGGUUUCGAGAGCGAUGAGGACGAGAACGAGGGCGAGGAGGAAGAAGGCGGAGUCGAGAUGGACAAGAUUCCCACGUUGCCGAACGAGAAGAAGCUGCGCAAGAAGCUGAACAAGGCUUCGGGCGAGGACAAGUCUGGCCCCGGUGUGGUCUACGUCGGCCGCAUUCCCCACGGUUUCUACGAGCACCAGAUGCGCGCGUACUUCUCUCAGUUCGGCAACAUCACACGUCUGCGGCUGUCGCGCAACAAGAAGACCGGACGCAGCAAGCACUACGCGUUCGUCGAGUUCGAGCACGCGUCGGUAGCCGACAUUGUCGCCGAGACGAUGGACAAGUACCUGAUGUUCGGGCACAUUCUGCAGGUGCGGCAGAUCCCCGCCGAGCAGGUGCACGAGAAGCUCUUCAAGGGCGCGAACAAGCGCUUCAAGCCGGCGCCGCGCAACAAGAUGGAGGGCCGCCGCCUGCGCCUCGCGCUCGACCGCGACGGCUGGGACAAGCGCGUCACGCGCGAGAGCGAGCGCCGCAAGAAGAAGGAGGAGAAGCUGCGCGAGCUGGGCUACGAGUUUGAGGCGCCGGCGCUGAAGAGCGCGAGCACGGUCCCUACCAAGGAUAAGGCGCUGCCUGCCCCCGCUGAGGAGGAGAAGCCCAAGGCUAUUAAGCAGAAGGCGCACAAGGAGACGAGCGACGAGGUUACGGAUGUCGUUGUGCAGAAGGAGCCGGAUGCGGUCACAGUCACGGAGAAGACGACGAAGAAGCCCAAGAGGAAGAGCAACGGCGCCGUCGAGACGGAGAAGGAGGUCAAGGUCACCAAGGCGAAGAAGGAGACCGCGAAGCCCGCCGCAAAGGCUGCUGCCAAGCCCGCUGCGAAGAAGGCGAAGAAGGCCAAGGCGUAAGCGCCGUGCGGUGCUGUAAACUCCAUCUCAGUUUUUCUUGGGUAGUCACGGGCUUGUUGUUAGCAAAAAGGAGUUACGGAGACGAGGCUUGGUCGAUUUGGUCCUGUCCACUUUUACUACGUAGCUUGCGGUCUUGAAUAUGCUCAGACCUACAGCAAGCACCAAAUUUUGACCGGUCAGAUCGAAUCAAGCAGUCGUAAAAUACCUAGGGUUUCUGCACAAAAUCACAUCUUAACUCCAGUGCCGUAUAGUUGCUCGAAUCACGUUUGGAGCUAUGACGCC